AUGGCACCACACGGACGACUUCUCAUCCGCGGGGGUCGUGUGGUCAACGAUGACUUCUCACAGGUGGCCGACGUGCUAGUGGAGGACGGCGUGGUGCAGGCGCUGGGGCGGGACCUGCUGCCUCCCGGGGGUGCAUCUCGGGGACUGCGGGUCCUAGAUGCAGCGGGCAAGCUCGUCCUACCCGGAGGCAUCGACACGCACACGCACAUGCAAUUCCCGUUCAUGGGCACCCAGUCAGUCGACGACUUCCACCAGGGCACCAAGGCUGCUUUGGCAGGAGGCACCACCAUGAUCAUCGAUUUUGCCAUUCCUCAGAAAGGCAGCUCCCUCAUUGAGGCCUUUGAGACCUGGCGCAACUGGGCAGACCCCAAGGUCUGCUGUGACUACAGCCUGCAUGUGGCAGUGACCUGGUGGAGUGACAAGGUAAAAGAAGAAAUGAAAAUCCUUGCACAAGAUAAAGGCGUUAACUCUUUCAAGAUGUUUAUGGCCUACAAAGAUCUGUACAUGGUGCAAGACGAGCAAAUGUAUGCGGCCUUCUCUCAGUGUAAGGAAAUAGGAGCGAUCGCUCAGGUGCACGCUGAGAACGGAGACUUGAUUGCAGAGGGAGCAAAGAAGAUGCUGGCACUGGGGAUAACAGGCCCCGAGGGGCAUGAGUUGUGCCGUCCCGAAGCAGUGGAGGCAGAGGCCACCUUGAGAGCCAUCACCAUAGCCAGCGCCGUGAACUGCCCUCUCUACGUCGUGCACGUGAUGAGCAAAUCCGCAGCGAAGGUGAUAGCUGAUGCGAGGAGAGAAGGAAAGGUGGUCUUUGGAGAACCGAUUGCAGCGGGUCUCGGCACCGAUGGCACACAGUACUGGAGUCAAGAAUGGACCCACGCAGCCCACCAUGUCAUGGGUCCCCCAUUGAGACCUGACCCUUCAACACCUGGCUUUCUCAUGAAUCUGUUGGCUAAUGGUGAUCUGACCACAACAGGGAGUGACAACUGCACUUUCAACACCUGCCAAAAAGCUCUAGGGAAGGAUGACUUCACUAAGAUUCCCAACGGGGUGAAUGGUGUCGAGGACAGAAUGUCUGUGAUAUGGGAAAAGGGUGUGCACAGUGGUAAAAUGGAUGAAAACAGAUUUGUGGCAGUUACCAGCACAAAUGCAGCCAAAAUCUUUAAUCUUUACCCGAAAAAAGGAAGAAUAGCUGUAGGCUCAGAUGCUGACAUUGUGAUCUGGGACCCAGAAGCCACGAGGAGGAUCUCAGCCAAAACACAUCAUCAGGCCGUUAACUUCAACAUCUUCGAGGGCAUGGUUUGCCAUGGGGUGCCCCUGGUGACUAUUUCAAGAGGCAAGGUGGUGUAUGAAGCAGGUGUCUUCGAUGUCACAGCAGGACAUGGGAAGUUUAUUCCACGCCAACCCUUCGCUGAAUACAUUUACAAACGAAUCAGGCAGCGAGACCAGACCUGCACACCCAUGCCAGUGAAGCGUGCACCCUACAAGGGAGAAGUCAUCAUACUGAAACCCAGAGGGACAAAAGAAGAUGACGGGGCUGGAACCAGGAUGCAGGGCCACUCCUGAUCUGGAUGCUGCGGCUAAGGA